AUGGAAUGCAUAUAUUCUAGUAACUAUUGGAAAGCUCUUGGACAUAAUCAAGCUGAAUGCAUUGACUUAUUGGUUGAAUUCCCAAUUAAUAUACUUAAUACAAAUAAUAUAUUUUAUAAUGAUGAGAAUGAGUCUUAUAUUAUAAAUCAAGAUAAUUCUAAUUUCACUUCAGCAAAUUCUGAUAUACAUAUAGUUUCUGAAUCUAAACUUGAUAUUGAAAAUAUAGUAGAUCUUACACUACCUUGCUUUAGUUUCAGCAAUACAAAUUUUGAUUGUGAAAAAAUUAGACCACAAUCUAAAUUAACAUCAAGCAAAGGUCAUGGAAAUAUGAACUUUGAAGUAUCGAAUAUGUCUUGGGAACUGAAAUCGAUAAUGUUUAGUUGCUAA